UGUCUUAAAAAUGGAUCCAGGUGCCACGAUGGUGGAACCGCCCGUGCGUCGCUUGCCACCCCUACAAGUUCUUCAUGGUACCCCAGCACUUGAUCUUGACACCCCACCACCGUCCCCUGGUACCCCACAGGGAGAAUUACUACCCACCAUUGCUGCAACAGCAGCUACAGCAUCUCCAGCACCAAGGCCCCAAGCCCAUAGUACACAGUCAGGUCUACCACAGUACUCAAAGGAGGAGAUCUCACAUAGUGUCCAGAUCCUGGAGGAAUGCUUUGAGCUCUUGAAACCACAGAACAGACCAUGUCUGCGUACCCGUGGAAGGGUAUCAUCAGCAUUCAUUCACAACAAGUAUAGUGUGUCAAUAGCUCAUCAUUACUCAGACUUGCAUGCGCUUUUGGUUCAGAGGGCACGACUGCAGCUUAUCAGAGACUGCAUGUAUAGGGCAUCGCAGUUACGGGAGUUGGUGACCAGUGUCCAAGGUUUAGUUCUGGUUGAACAGAACACCUUAAAGUCCCUGGAGAAUUGUGAGUGUUCAGACCCAUCCACAAAAUUAGAAUACUUGCCAAGUCUAUGUGAACACUUAAGGACACAGCUCAAUGAUUGGUCUUCGAUUCAGCAUCAACUUCAUUCUGACAAAUGGCUGCAAUUGCUUCUCCCACAACUCCGCUCAGACCUUACAAAUAUGAGCAACACGCUGUAUUACUGGAGAGACUGUGUUUUGUUGUGGUUGCAUAGGUUAAUAUACACAGGUAUUCGGGUGCUAGCAUUCAACCAUGCAAGUUCAAUGUCACAGGAACUCUUGUUUAAUGUGGGACGCGGAAUGGAGGAGUUCAAUAGACUACUAGCAAGACCUACUGUUCUAUUGGAACGUUUCUUGUUCUUAUCAGAAGCAUCAGACUCGAUAACAAAAGAUAGCCCUUUCUUGAACAGAGAUGGUGCUGUACUCUCCUGUAUACCUUACACGUGCAAUCGUCUGCUGACCAUCUUGGCAAAGGAAAGGUCACGUCCAGUGGCAAUCAGAACUCUAAAUUUCCUAACGGCCAACUCUAAGUUGCUUUGUGCUGUCAAAACACCAGGUUUCACAUUUGACUGGCAAGAAUACUUUGAAAGCUUAUCUGAAGCCAAUUCAGAUGAGACAGAUAGUGAGACAGCAUCAGUUUCCCUCACAUCAAGUAGUACUGUAUUAAGUGCAAUGUUGGAUCUCAAGGACCACAAAGCUUUGGACCUAUCCGGGAGGACUUCUCCUCUCUGCCAUGUUGAAAUGUAUGAGGAGGAAUUCAUUUUGAAACUUCUUGGAGCAGUUGCAACAUCAACCAAUCUCCUGCAGAGGCAAGUGGUCAAGACCACAAGGGACAAACCCGCCUCAGUGGACACCAGCUGGAAGUCAAAGGCAUCAGGGCCUUCAUCAUCUAGCAAUGGAAGUGGUCUUAAAUCCCGCGACACGUCCCAUCGGAAGUCGGUCCGAUGGGGCGAUUCCCUGACCCAGGGUACCAGACAACAGCUCUGUGGACUCUAUUUUGAGCAGCUGUGGCAGGAGUUUGGGGCUAACCUUGGAAAUGGACUUCAACAGAUUCUGUGGAAGUCCAACGGCUUAGAUCAUGUUGAUGAAGUCUUGGGUCAUAUAUUGCAGGUGGAUGACCUUGCAGCCUUAACUAUAGUUUGGGUCAUGGAAUCGUCUUGUACCAAAGAACAAAAGAAUCGUUUGUCACAAGGUGCCCUGAAGGCGUUGCACAGCCUUGCAACGUCCCUUCAACUCAGGACUGUACUAGCUGUAUGGGACAGAGGUAUGUGUGAAGUGUUAGCGUCGAUGCGUUCCGAUAAGUGUUUAAUCUCGCACCUGGAAUCUGGUCAAAUGGAGAGCAAGACUUGUCAGCUAUUCCAACGUUCCAUCGUUCCUCUUCUAUGUUUUCUAAGGACGAUAGAGCAGCAUUUAGUUCCCUCUGGUCCUGGCCAUCCAAAAGGGAAGAAUGGUCUUAACUACCUGAUCCACGGGGCACAGGCACAGAUUUCCAGCUGCCAAAACGGAGUUGUCCAGGCCCUAACCAGGCUAGCGGUCAGUCUAGGAACUGCUGCUCAGUGGUGCCAUCUGAAGAGCCAGGACUUCCUUGCCAAUUGGACCGUUGGACCAUUCUUGCUAAUAUCCUAUGGUGAUCUAAGGGUGGUGAAUGACCAUGCAAUGGCCACAUUGAAACUCCUGCCAGUGUUGCGAUCCCUACUCUCCACUACCCAAGGGCCUGUCAGUCCAAGGCGCCAGCAACCUCAGAUUGCGGUUGCUAACUUCAACUCACAUAUGGAGUCCCUCCACCAUAGACUCAAUGCUGAACUUAGUAGACUGCAGGGAUUAUCCAGUCAUUGCAGUAGGCAGUUCUGUCGAGACUGCUUGAAGAUCAGUGAUGAGUUCUGGCCUAAGGCUAUGCCUAUGGGAAAGGUCUGGCGGAAGAAGACUACUGAUGAAUUACCGAAUGUCCACAAUUCCUACGCGGCCACCAUCGUAGAUAACCUCCUUGUGCCAAUCGCUGAAGGCGUGACCAAACUCAAGACAACAGCUCAAAUCACCAUCAUGUCCAUCGCUGUCCAGACCAUGCUAGAAAGCUGGAUGACAUUCAUCUUGAAAGAGAAACCAAAGUUCAGUGUGCAUGGGGCACAUCAGCUAGAACAAGACUUCUGCUAUGUUCGUCAGUGGUUGUCAUCUGAAGCCAGCAAGCUGGAUACGGAAAGCAAACAGAGCGUCCUGUCCCUCGAUGCAAUACGCAACUUCGAGGGCGCCAUCCUCCUUCUAAAGCAGCAGCCGCUGAGACGCACUGCCAUGGCUAGUGCUUCAUCAAAAGAAGAAAUUAACUCGGAAUACAGUACAAGCACGGCACAGAGCACAGGAUCACGGCGUGGUAGCUUUGGCAGUAUGUCAGACUCUCCUCUCACCGUACAGAACCUUGCACCCCCACCCCACCCCAACACUCUCCCCCUGGGUGGGGACAACAACGACACCUUGGGGGGCUCCGACCGGGGCUACGUCACCGAUUCCGUGGAUGGCAUCGACGAUGAGACCUACAACGUCCCCCAUCGGAAGGAAUGGCUGAGUCUACGCGUGCACACGGGUAACCGGUGGAAGAGUCCAUUUAGCUGUUUGAACUCGCCGGCGGGGAUGGAAAGCUGAAGGUGACUCGAGGGAGGGGCGUUCUAAUUCAUGCUGACAUUGCUUUCGUUGUAAAGUCGAUCACCGUAUUAUCACCAGGGCCUUGUUACAUAAAGCUUAACAAUCGAUCUAGGGCUGAUUUCUACAAUUGAUUGCUUUGAUUAUUAUGAAUGAUCGAUCAUAAAAUCAGUCGGAUAAUCAGUUGCUAAGUUCUUUGUUACUGAGCCCCAGAUAGUCUCAUGUGUAUGACUACAUCAUUCUUCAGUAACAUUUUGGGGAAGCCCCUCUUCUAUCUAUCCCAACUGAAAUAUUUCCAACCCCCUUUGCGCUUUGCUUUUUGCAUAUCCCUUAUUUAUUUUCCAAAGCCACUAUCCAGUUCCAAGUUGGAUGUGAAGUAUGGGUGCAUGUCACAAAGUGCUUUGUCGGUGACUUUUUUACUGACACUGUUAUAAGCUACUAAAAUCCCUUGAUCUGUUUGGCUCAUAGCAGAUUUGUCAUUAAAAAUCACCGACAAAAUGCUCCUUGGAACACACUCGUCAAGUAUCCAAGUAGUUAUAUUGUACAUUGUUGUAUCAUUGCUAAAUGUGAAACUUAACUAGAAAUAUGAAGGAAGAGAACAAUGUGAUUUAGUGAGCAGGUCUCACAUGUGAUGUGAUCAUUCCAAGUGAAACAGUUAAUAGGAAAUAGUUUUCAAGAAAAUAGGUAUAAAUUGCACAACUUCUAUGAUAUUGCAAGAUAUGACUGCACCAAUUUUGGCCCACUUGUUGGUUUUAGCCAUUUUGGAGGCUGAAAUAAUUUAUUUUGUUGUGUAUUUCAUGUUGAAAUAGACCAGAGUAAUUUAUCAAGUUUGCAAUUGAUGUCAUACUUUAUGCAUCGUUUUUAAUUGUUUUUCAUUAUUCCUUUGAUGUUUCAUUCAUUUAAUAUCAUUUAUGCUAUACAAAUCACUAAAUUGGUUAGAGCAAAAUAUUCAUAUUUUGAGGAAUUGCACCUAUAUUUUCGUUAUUCAACUAAAUAUACUGAACUGUAGGUACUUUUCAGAGCUACUUUGCUAAUUAUGCAGCACAAUAUUUUAUUUCUACUAAGUUUGCCUUAUGAAAGUCCUUCUUGUAUUUUCAGCAGUAACAAUUUGAUAUGUUCAUGUUUGUGGUGUCUAUGUAAUCGAUUUAAAUCUAUUUAAGUGCAUUUUCAUCAUAGAUAAAAAUGAAUUUAGAAAUUUAGAAAAGAGUGUGAUAUUGAAUAAAUUCCAUGAAUUCCCCUUCCUAUGAUAAAAAAACCUAGUAUAAUCCUAUGAAUUCCCUGUCCUAUGAUUGGAAACCAUAGUAUUAACCAAUGUACGACUGAAAACUUUAAACCCAUAUAGGCUUUGCAUUCAAUUCCAGUAUGUAAAGGGUUUACUUUACUUUUGCAUUGGCCCAUGUGGUUUCAAAUUUGAAGAUUUCUGUGUAAUCAUAUGAGACAGGUAGUUCUGUAUUAAAGGUCAAGUCCACCUCAGAAAAAUGUUGAUUUGAAUCAAUAGAGAAAAAUCAGACAAGCACGA